CAUGAUUGGUCUAGCGGCGCAUGAGUCAUAAAGUUCAAGCAGCUUCUUCUAAGUUUCCAAGUAAGAUGGGAAGACUGUAAUGAGCUCUCCCUCUGACACAAACAGAGGUGUCUGAAGUGAAGAACUCUCCCACGGAGACGGGAAUAGCCUCUAGAGGGCCAUGUCUGGCAGCAGCAGUUCCAACAGCUGGACCAUCCUCUCUUCUGAGGAAUCGGCUGCAGAAACCCUGAGGCCUGUUGCAGCAGACACACAACAGCGUGACACAAGCCACGCAUCUACAGCAGAUGAACCACACUGUGAGGAGAACCAUAAACCACCAAAUGGUGCCGAGUCUGCAGAGGGACCCCCUGUGGAGGACUACCUAAUAUCGAAGGGCACGUCGGAUCAAAGUGGAGACCUGAGUUCCGACCAUCCUUCCUCCUCAUCUACUGCUUGCAGUCGUGAUCUCAUCCCACCAGAGGGCCUGUCGGAGAGCCCAGCACAGUUUACACACAGCCCUACUUUAUCCUCAGAUCCCCAAACCCUCUCAGCCUGCUCUACCGAUGAGCCCACAUCCUCACUGCUCGGUACAGAGACUCUUGGAAGUGCAGAGUUUACGCAAGGUGAGAAGUCUAAAGGAGGAGAAGGGCUCCGUCUUCAAAACGAGGAGCAUCUUCAUCAAGAGGAUGGAGGGCCCGACCACAGCCAGAGAAACGCUGAUUCAGAGGAAGGUGCAGCCUCUCAUGGGAGUCCAGAUGUUGGCGAGGAAGGAGCAGAGAAGACCAGAGAAGUGGGAGAACAGAAGGAAGAGGAGAAAAGGAGGAAGUCACUCCUGUCCGCUUUGGAGCAAAUUGGAAGGAGAGAGGAGGAAGAGGAGGAAGAGGAGGAGUUUCAGAUGCCUCAGCGAGAAGACGACAGCGUGCUGUCUUUGAACAAGUGCAUUCUGGGAGCUGUCAUUCUGUUGGGGAUUGGCACCAUCUUUUUUUCAGGUGUCCUCAUGGACCUGGAUGGAGAGGGUGACCAUGUGACACGGGAGAUGAGAGAUGCAGAUGCUCCAGGGAAACAGGAAUGGCUCAGCCCUGAGGCUCUUCCACCUCUAGUUGAUGCUGACGGCUCAGAGCUCCUGAAGAAACUGGCUAAAGGGAAUCAGCAAAUCUCUGUGCUUCAAGCUCAACUUCAGGCACAGAACGAAGAGCUAAAAGUAGCUAGAGGACAGGCAGCAGAGGGAGCAAAGGAGCGACAGCGCUGGGAGGAGGUGGAGAAGGAAAACAGCCGGUUGAAGACGGAGAUGGCAUCUCUCCCUGUCCUUCAAAACGAGAACGAAAGGAUGAAGAAAGAGCUGGAGUCUGUCCCGGCCCUGCAGAAAGAGCUGGAAACUCUGAGGUCCACUGUCACGGAGUUAAGAGUAGCUACAAAGAGCUCUUCAUCGCCCCCUACUGGUCAACCAGCAGAGCGCAGUCAGGCUUCAAAAAGGCCAUGGGAGGAGAAGAAGAAGAAAGACUUCAAAAGUGAGAAGUUUGAAGCAAGUGAGAAGAAACAGCAGAAAAAGAGAGAAAAGCCACCAUGGAAGGAGGAAGAAAAACCAGAGCCUAAAGAUGGGAAUAGAUGGGAAUGGAAUAAGUGGAAGCAGGAAAGAGGAAGAAGUGAUGAGCCAAAAGAGAGAGUAAAGAGGCAAAGUGAUGGCACACAGCAACGGAAGGGGAAAGACGAGAAGAAAGAGAAAGCUGACCGAGGUGAGGAAGGGAAGCUGUGGAAGGAAAAAGUAGGUGAGAAAAGAGAAUGGAUGGAGAAAAAAGAGUGGAAAAAGGAAAAGCAUGUGAACCAAGAUAAACAGAGGGAGACAAAAGAAUGGAAGGGAGGAAAGGAUCGCCGACAGAAGCACAGAGAGACGCAAGAAAGUGAGGCGGAGAAUGAACAGAUGAAAGGAAAAGAUGGUAUCAAAAAAAGUGGUAAAGAGUGGAAGGAAAAGGGGGAUAAGAAGGAGUACGGAUGCAGGGAUACGAGCAUCAAGAACCGAGGUACAGAAGGAAAGGGAGGGAAGCACAGGGAGGACAGGAAAAACGGUGAAGGACAAACGCAGAAAAAGGAAAAGCAACGGUGGAACGAGUAUGAAAGGAAGAGUGAAAAACAGGACAAAGAAUGGAAGGGGGAGAAAACGGAUCAACGGAAAAAGAGAGAGGAAAACUGGAAGAGUGAAGGAGUUAAAGAGAAGAAGAGGAGCAAAGACAAACAGCAUUCUGGGAAAAACGGCAAUGAGCACAAACCUGCUGCUCACGAGCAUCUGUACGGAGAGCAGGCGCCGCCGCCUCACACGCACCACAAGCCCCCUGUAGGACAGCCCGAGUACUGGGCCCGCCAGAAAACCCGCCUCCAGCACGAUCCCAGAGCGCCGCAGCACUGCGACUCCCCCGAAGCCUGCGCCCAGGCCGAGCGACUGCGCCCCGUCCCCCUAGCAGAGUUUGAGGCCGUCCUCCAAAACUACCUGGUCAAGGCGCAGGAGGCGGGCGUGGAGGAGUCCAACAGGGAGGAGCUCAGGAAGCUGGCCUCCGACUUCUUCAAGGACGGCGUUUUCAUGCACACCCAGAUGAGCUUUCAAAGCUUCGCCGAAGAUGUAGCAGAUAUUUUAGAAGACUUUGUGGACUUUGGGCACGAAGGAGAGGAAGACAGCGAGCUGGAGGACGAAAUGGAAGGGUUUGAACGGGAAGUCAUGGAGAAGUUUUCAGUGGAAGCAGUUCAGGAGAAGGAGGAGCGAAUCAAAGGACAGCAGAGAAACCGUGGCUGAAUACUUGAAGGAACCGACUCAUCAAAUUUACGACCACUGUUACUUAAAGCGAUGCAUUUACCUGUUUGUCCUCCAUUUCCUGUUUCCCUAUGACUGAAUGUUCACCUCUGCUGCUAAGCUAGCAACCGUUUCCUGCAACACGACACCUGUGCUGUCUCCACCUGCUGACCUGUUAACUAUGGAUGACCUGAAACUUUAACUCCUUUAAUGAAUGUUUCUCUAGACUUUGACAAAUCCACCUUUUUUUUUUUGGUUGGUUUUCGUACAAAAGAAACAACUUAGGUACAUUUUUAACUUAAUAAAUAAUUUAUAAAAUGCUAAUAUGUUUAGCAAGUACAUUUUGCACUAAGGAUUUUAUCACUAAUGUCACAUUUUCUCUGUUAUGUCUUACUGCUGAUCCGUUUGUACACAGAUGUGGGGGCUUUUUUAAAUGGCAGCAUAAAGAAUUCAGAGUGUUAAAAUGUUUGGUACUUCAUUAAAACGUUGUGAUGUGAA